AUGGUCAACCGCGCCAAGUCUGAACAUGUCAAAGGCCAUUUGUGUGCACGGAAACAAGAAGAAAAGAUCACGCGUGCCCUUGCAGAGUAUUGUACCCAGCAAGCCAGGCCUCAGACAAUAGGGAAACCCAAAUCCAUUCAAACUCUGGCUGAUGAACAUGGCAUAUCCUAUGGUAGACUACACCGACGCAUACAGGGAGGAAAAAGUAGGAAGGAGGCAAGUGCCAACAAGCAGAGCUUGACACCAGCACAAGAAUGGUCGCUGGUGGGAUUUAUCAAGGAGUCAGCAAGCAUGGGGAUGCCACUUUCCCAUCGGCAGAUUGAGGAGUAUGCAAAUGCAGCUCGGGAAGCUGUUCUUGGCUUGGGUUGCCAGCUGACCCAUUGGAGCAAGCCUCUUGACUUGCAACGUGCAAAAAGCUUGGAUCCUGCUGCAGUCAAGUCAUGGGUCGAGUUGGUGAAGAAAUAUGUUGUCAAUAUGGGUGUUGAGCCAGACUGCAUCUACAGGAUGGAUGAGAGUGGAUUUCCAACUGGAUACACAGGGAAGGAGAGAGUGGUGGGCAAACGUGGUACCAAGACACAGCACAAGCAAGGAGGGGCAAGCCAGCAAAAUAUCACUGUGCUUGUGACAAUUCUUGGAGACGGCAAGAUGGUUGUGCUGCCAAUGAUUAUCUUCUUGGGAGUGAAGUUCCAAUUGACAUGGAACAACGGCAAUUCUAUCAAUGCAUUUAUCUGUCGCUCCCUCACUAGCUGGACUGACUGCGACCUUGGCUACAAAUGGCUGUCCAAAGUAUUCGACCCUGCAACAAAAGAAGAGGCCAACAGAAGGCCUUGGGUACUUCUUCUCAACGGCCACAGCUCGCAUUACAGUGAGAUGUUCCUCCAGUUUGUGCGCAACAACAAUAUGAUCCUCCUUGGCUAUCCUCCUCACUGCACCCACACACUCCAAGGCUUGGAUGUUGUGUGUUUCUUGAAGAUGAAGGAGUGCUGGAAGAGAGGGAUUGUAGCGUUCGAAGCGAAGCACAAACGCAAUGUGGCCAAGGCUGAUUUCUUGACAGUGUGGGCUCCUGCAUACAAAGAGGCCUUCGAUGAGAAGACUGUAAAGGCAGCAUUCAGAGUCACUGGGGUCAUACUGUUCAACCCAAACUUUGUUGGUCCCAAACAGAUCACUCUGAGCCAAUCCACCUCCACGUGCGGGGAGUUCCCAAUGCCCCAGCCAAGCCCGGUCCGCCGAAUAACACAAGCUAUGGCACUGCAUAAGCCAACACGUGCCGAGCAAGACCCAGACUUACUUGCAACACCCACACCAUGCUCCCGUUGUCUUUGUACCAAGGAUGACCACAGCGAGAAUGAAAGCGCAGACAUUUGGACCCCGUCGAAGAAGAUUCGAUUGCUUUACGCUCAUCUCGUGACCACAUCCACAGGGUCCCUGCUUCUCAGCAUGCCCAAAAUCACUUCCCGGACAAAUCCCAUCCAUCCUCCCGUCAUCCAGACUAUGCCCUCUGCGCUGCUGCAGCCAGAUUGGUCACUGGCGCUCCAAGGUUCAAGCACAGACAGCUGGAAAUCACAGCAUCAGCUUGAAUCCAAGUUGACUGAACUGCAGGCACACCUUAAACGGGCCCAAGUGCAGUUGCAGGUGCAGUCACAAAUGCUCCAAGAGGCAAAUGCAACCAUGGUUUUCCAAAACAUCGCCCUGAAGAAAACAAAUGAGGCUCUGCACCUCCAGGAAGAGCAAGCAACAAACGAUCGUGCUCGACUCUUCGAGGGUCAAGCCCAAUGCCUGUCCUCUGAUGAGUUCUUUGAUCAAGCUUUGAGAGAUGAUAAGAAGGCUGCAAAAGCUGCUCUGGAGGAGCAGGGGGUCAAGAUCAAAGAGGACCAUGCCGUUAAGGUGGCCAAAUGGGAAAAGGAAUGUGCGGAAAUGGUUGGGAAAGGUGCCCGGAAGAAGGGCUUACCAGCCAAGCCCAAGUGCACUAAGAAACCACGGCUCCAGGAGGACACAGAUGAUGACAACGACGACGAGGAUGACGGUUGUCAAGAUGAAUCAUAG